CGCCGCCGCCGCUUCGCCUCCGCGCCGGGGCCGCGCCGGGCCGCGCCCGGGAUUGGCUGGGCGGCCGCGUCGUCCCAGAAUGCAGCGCAUGGCGCGUCAUUGAAGAGAGACCAUGAUGGCGGCGGCCGCGGCGGCGGGGGGGGCCCCCGAGGUGAUCGCCCAGCUGGAGAACGCGGCCAAAGUGCUGAUGGCACCACCUUCCAUGGUCAAUAAUGAACAACGCCAACAUGCCGAGCACAUAUUCUUAUCAUUUAGAAAAUCAAAAUCACCGUUUGCUGUUUGCAAACACAUUUUGGAAACUAGUAAAGUGGAUUAUGUUCUUUUUCAAGCUGCUACAGCGAUAAUGGAAGCAGUUGUAAGAGAAUGGAUUCUAUUGGAAAAAACUAGCAUCGAAUCAUUGCGAACAUUCCUUCUAACCUAUGUCUUACAAAGACCUAACCUUCAAAAGUAUGUUCGGGAGCAGAUUCUGCUAGCAGUAGCGGUGAUAGUGAAACGGGGAUCAUUAGACAAAUCAAUCGACUGCAAAAGCAUCUUUCAUGAAGUCAGCCAGUUGAUCAGCAGUGGUAAUCCCACUGUGCAAACUUUGGCCUGUUCCAUUUUAACGGCGUUGUUGAGCGAGUUCUCAAGUUCAAGUAAAACCAGCAACAUUGGACUAAGCAUGGAGUUCCAUGGUAACUGUAAACGUAUAUUUCAGGAGGACGAUCUGCGGCAGAUCUUCAUGCUCACAGUAGAGGUACUUCAGGAAUUCAGCAGGCGUGAAAACCUCAAUGCUCAGAUGUCUUCAGUGUUUCAGCGUUAUCUUGCACUAGCCAAUCAGGUCUUAAGCUGGAACUUCCUUCCUCCAAAUUUGGGCAGACAUUAUAUAGCUAUGUUUGAAUCGUCACAAAAUGUGAUGCUAAAGCCAACAGAAUCCUGGCGUGAGACCCUCCUGGACAGCAGAGUUAUGGAGCUUUUCUUUACAGUACACCGAAAAAUCAGAGAAGAUACAGAUAUGGCCCAAGAUUCAUUACAGUGUCUGGCACAGCUGGCAUCUCUGCAUGGCUCCGUCUUUCCUGACGAAGGUUCACAAGUUGAUUACCUGGCACACUUCAUUGAGGGAUUACUGAAUACUAUCAAUGGAAUUGAAAUAGAAGACUCUGAAGCAGUUGGAAUUUCCAGUAUUAUCAGCAACCUGAUAACUGUAUUUCCUCGCAAUAUUUUAACUGCCAUUCCAAAUGAACUUUUCUCUUCAUUUGUUAACUGCCUCGCCCAUCUCACUUGUUCUUUUGGAAGAAGUGCUGCCUUGGAAGAAGUGCUUGAUAAAGAUGACAUGGUAUAUAUGGAAGCAUAUGAUAAGUUGCUGGAAUCUUGGCUUACUUUGGUACAAGAUGACAAACAUUUCCAUAAAGGUUUCUUUACCCAACAUGCUGUUCAGGUCUUUAAUUCUUACAUUCAGUGCCAUCUAGCUGCUCCUGAUGGUACAAGGAAUUUGACUGCCAAUGGUGUGGCCUCUCGGGAAGAAGAAGAAAUAAGUGAACUGCAGGAAGACGACAGAGACCAGUUCUGUGACCAGCUGGCCAGUGUUGGCAUGCUAGGAAGAAUUGCUGCAGAACACUGUAUACCUCUUCUUACAAGCUUACUGGAAGACCGAGUGACAAGGCUCCAUGGUCAGUUGCAAAGACAUCAGCAGCAGUUGCUUGCCUCACCAGCAUCAGGCUCAAUUGACAAUAAAGUGCUUGAUGACCUGUAUGAGGAUAUUCAUUGGCUUAUUUUAGUCACAGGCUACCUCUUGGCUAAUGAUACUCAGGGAGAGACUCCGCUAAUACCUCCAGAAGUCAUGGAAUAUUCCAUUAAACAUUCAACUGAGGUUGACAUCAAUACAACACUUCAAAUUCUGGGAUCUCCAGGAGAAAAGGCCUCUUCCAUCCCAGGGUACAACAGAACCGAUUCUGUAAUUAGGUUGUUAUCUGCUAUUUUAAGAGUGUCAGAAGUAGAAUCUCGAGCAAUAAGAGCAAAUCUCACGCACCUUCUGAGCCCCCAGAUGGGCAAAGAUAUUGUAUGGUUCCUCAAGCGUUGGGCAAAGACUUACCUCCUAGCAGAUGAAAAACUGUAUGAGCAGAUAAGUCUGCCAUUUAGUACAGCAUUUGGUGCUGAUACAGAGGGUUCCCAGUGGAUUGUGGGUUACCUUUUAGAAAAAGUGAUCAGUAACCUGGCAGUGUGGAGUUCAGAGCAGGACCUUGCAAAUGAUACUGUACAACUGCUAGUAACAUUAGUGGAAAGGAGAGAGCGGGCAAACUUAGUUAUUCAGUGUGAAAACUGGUGGAAUUUAGCUAAACAAUUUGCAAGGCGAAGCCCUCCUCUUCACUAUUUGUCCAGUUCUGUGCAGAGAACACUAAUGAAAGCUUUAGUUUUAGGAGGUUUUGCUCAUAUGGAUACAGAAAUGAAGCAACAAUACUGGACAGAGGUUCUUCAGCCACUUCAGCAGCGAUUCCUGAAUGUGAUAAACCAAGAAAACUUUCAGCAGAUCUGCCAAGAGGAGGAGGUGAAACAGGAAAUCACGGCUACAUUAGAAGCUCUCUGUGGCAUUGCUGAGGCUACCCAGAUUGAUAAUGUAGCAAUUCUCUUUAAUUUCCUAAUGGACUUCCUUAAUAAUUGCAUUGGAUUAAUGGAAGUAUACAAAAACACACCAGAGACUGUUAAUCUCAUAAUAGAAGUCUUUGUUGAAGUUGCACAUAAACAAAUUUGCUAUCUUGGAGAGGCCAAAGCCAUGAACUUGUAUGAGGCCUGCCUAACUCUGCUCCAGGUGUAUUCAAAGAAUAAUCUAGGUCGACAACGGAUAGAUGUUACAGCAGAAGAAGACCAGUACCAGGAUCUCCUUCUUAUUAUGGAGCUUCUCACUAAUCUUCUUUCAAAAGAAUUCAUUGAUUUCAGUGAUACAGAUGAAGUAUUUAGAGGACAUGAGCCCGGGCAAGCUACAAAUAGAACUGUAUCAGCUGCAGAUGUUGUCUUAUAUGGGGUUAAUCUAGUUCUGCCUCUAAUGUCUCAGGAUCUGCUGAAGUUUCCUUCGCUGUGUAAUCAAUAUUACAAACUAAUAACUUUCAUCUGUGAGAUAUUCCCUGAGAAAAUUCCACAACUUCCAGAGGACCUCUUUAAGAGCCUAAUGUACUCACUGGAGUUAGGGAUGUCAUCAAUGAGUUCUGAGGUUUGCCAGCUCUGUCUGGAGGCUGUAACACCGCUAGCAGAACAGUGUGCAAAAGCACAAGAAACAGAUUCAGCCCUCUUUCUAGCAACAAGGCACUUUCUUAAGAUGGUCUUUGAUAUGCUGGUACUUCAGAAGCACAAUACAGAAAUGACAACUGCAGCAGGUGAAGCAUUCUACACAUUAGUGUGUUUGCAUCAGGCUGAAUAUUCAGAGCUAGUUGAAACGUUACUGUCAACUCAGCAAGAUCCAGUAAUUUACCAGCGACUAGCAGAUGCCUUCAACAAGCUUACUGCAAGCAGCACUCCUCCUACACUGGACCGUAAGCAGAAGAUGGCCUUCUUAAAGAGUUUAGAAGAAUUUAUGGCAAAUGUUGGUGGACUUCUCUGUGUAAAAUAAACAACAAAACUCUAUGCCUAAUUUAGACCCUUUCUGCAAAAUGCACUGAGAAACGCUGAAUGCUGACUAAAUCUUGUACCUGUCUCUGGGUUCUCUGCAGCCAUCUCAGAUUCUAGAGAGUCUGGAAUUUUGAACAUAACACAACGGAGUAGGAGAGGUCAACUUUGAAUCAGCUUCUGCUAUUAUGUGUUAGCUGCAAUCUGUCAUACUUGUGUGUGGGAGAGAAUGAACAGAAAAUUAGAAUUUAAAUUUUUUCCAUAUAUGUGCAAACAGAUAUGGGCACAAUGAAAAAUAAAUUCAGUGCCUUUUCCCCCACUGGUUUAAAAUGAGUGUCCAGAUAAACGCGCAGAUUUCCUUUCUACCCAGAAUCAUGUUAGAGUGUGAUGCAAAUACAUAAAAAGCUCUAAACAGUUUAGCUGAUUUUAAGCUUUAUUUUUUUCCUCUCUAAAGUUUGAGUUUGGUGUUCGAAUGGGGAGAAAAAAAAUGGUAUUUUAACUUGUGUUUAGUUUUGUUUUUCUAUAUCAACCUGACAUUGCAUGUUUCUGUAAUGCAGGUUUUUACAUUAUGUUCUGCUGCCUAAAGUUCAGAAGAAAAAAGGUGUAUAUUUUUGUUCCCCUAAAAUGAACUUUAGGAUCUGUAGCCAUUUCAUUGCCUUAAUUUAAAAGAAAAAAAAUUCAUAUACUUACGAAACUUAAGGCAAGAUUUGACUCUUCAGAGUUGGUUUAGGAUGUUGGCAUUAAGCUGCCGUGUGCCUGUUGCAGCCCUUCACGCUGACAAGUGUCAUUUUGGAACCGUGUGUGAUGCAAGGUUCACGUGUGAUUUUACUUUCAGUAUCUGUUUGAUUCAUGUCCAGGUUGUGUGCAACUGCAAUGUAUUUCUACACUGAACUGUUCGCUUAAGCAAUAACAACUCGAAAGGUCUAAAUUACUGACUUACAAUCUUCUCAAAGUUGGGGCAUUAGCUAAAACAAUUAUGCUAGAACAGUGGUGGCAAAUCCUUUGAUUCAAGGGCCAUGUUUACUUGACUCUGGUCAAGAAAGAUAAUUGGGAUGUACAGUGCUGUGAGAGAUUUGGGUUUUGCUGACUUUAGCUCUGCCUCUGUAGCGCCAUCCCUGCUGCUCUGCUCUUGCUCUUUUUUUGUAUCAGCACUUCAGUGGUUAUGACAGCAGAGAACAGUGCCCUGAGUUUAGCGGACCAACAAGGGAGAGCAGCGCGCGAACACGAAAGCGACGCCUGUUUUGUCUCCAGUCACGAGCCAGAGAAAACUGAAGCAAACACAAAUGUUGCAUGCAGAGUAAAAUUGGUUUUAGUGGAAAUACAUGGAGGCAGAAGUUGGCCCUUUUGUGUAAGACCUCUGCUAGGUUAUGUUGUUGAACAUUUCCCGUGUGUUUUUAAAAUUUAUGUAAAAUGUACAGUAUACACCUUUGCGUGGCUAUGUACAGCACCAUGUUUGCAACGCCGUGCCAUCCUUCAACUGUUCAUCUCACUAUUAGUCACAAUAGCCAGAAUUCUAAAAAGACAAAUCUGUGACACUGUGCUAUAAGUGAUCUAAGACUUUAUUUCUUAGUUAAAUCCGUACCUCUCUCAAGUGUGGACCCUCAAGGCCAAAAAAACCAUCUCUUCAUUAUACUUUUCUCUUAAUUUAUGUGAAAACUGGGCCUGGACAGAUUUACACAUUAAAAAGUGACCAUAAAACUUACUAGGUAAUGUUCCUUCCCACUGAUUAUUUUAUUUCCAACAUAAUUCGCAUAGUUUUUUUUACAACAGAGAGGUGUUGCACUGAAUUUUUCCCUGAAGCCCUAGUGCUUGCCUUCAAAAAAAAAAAAAAAAUCUCUUGACUGUGCAUGUGCAUAAAUGAUAAUAAUCCCAGCAGAUCCAUCUGUUUCAAUUAGCAUCUGUUUUCAUUAGCUUAGGUUUUUGCUAUGUUUCUGAAACUGCUUCUGGCAUUUCUCUGAGUCUGUACAUUGCACAGGCUGACGAUGAGGCAUUAAAGCCUGUGUACCAGAGGAGCUCUAGGAGCUGCUGCUGGUUUGUGACAAUGUAGAUGAUGUCAAAUAUCUAGGCCAACGCCUUCAAAGAGAUCGUGGCAAAUACCUUCAACUUUUUUGGAUCUGGCUGCAUAACUGAUGCUCCUAGCUCCUAGCUGUGCCGCCGUCACUUUUUUUAAAGCUGUCUCAAUAUUCAAAAAUACAACUUCACAUUUGUGAAAUUAUCUUAAGUAUUAUAACUGAUUGGGUUAUAAUACUGAUUGGGAGUACAAGUGGGGUUAGAACAAAUUCACGUGCAUACCCAUUACUUUUCUAAGGCCCACUGUAUUGUUAUAAGUGCUGAUGCACACCUUAUUUUGUCUAUUGAGACUUGUUAAAGUAUGAAGAUUUACUUUCAAAAACAAAUUUAGAAGAUUUUAAAACUUUUGUUUACCCCUCUAUUUAAAAUCAGUGUUAUGUUAAAGGGAAACUGUCCUAGAGAGCCCUUUGUGUGAUUUUUGUGCUCAAUGUUAUGUGGAACAGCAUUCUUUUUAAUUUUUCUUCUGUUCUUGUCUGUUCAACAUGGAUCUUUCCUUGCCAGUUGAUGUUUCUUUCAGAGCAAACGCAAAGAUGUCUUCACUUAGUGACAUCCCUGAAAUUCCCAGAACAUUUUUCAACAAUAAGUUCUCUGAAUUCAUACUCCUGGCUAGGUGGCUACUUCUACCUAAACUAUUUUGCAUAUAUAUCCCUUCCAAAACCAAACAAAACCCCAAGAAAAACAAAACACCACAUCCAGUUGCUGUAUGUCUGUGUGUAAAACUUCAUUCAAGUCCAUAGAACAGUGCCUAAGACCAUUUCCAGUGGACCCUGAGUGCUGGCUCUGAGUAACAGUUCUGAAAUGUUGACAGCAUCACUGCAUUGAUUUUUCCAUUCACCAUGCAAAGGGAAUAAUAGUUUUUAAAAGGCACUUGUUUCUUGAAAGAAAACAAAUCCAAAAAGGGCACGUCAAACUGAACUGCAAAUGCUGCUUGAUGUAGUUGUAACAAAUGUUGUCUAGGCAUAAUAUUCCUUUUGCAAAAACAGAUUAUUGCUCCAGUGUUUUCCUUCUGAGAGCAGAAAUCCAGUAGCUUCUUUCUCAUUUCUCCAGCCCUUCCCCCAUUAGCUAUUUCUAAUGCUACUAUAGUAAUGUUCUGUUGUUCAGUCUAUAGAUUUUGAUGCUGGCAGGCAUGACCAUCUGCUUGGGUCAUGACAUUCAAGACUUUGAAAGCACAGACACACACGGGCAGAAAGAAGUGGACUGCAUUACACUUCUGCUUUCAUGCACAUAAUGCCUUAACUACCUUUGCUGAGUUACCACAAGAGUCUGCUACAUCUUAUUGCCCCCAAGUUUGUGUUUCACUGUUCAGUGAUAAAGGGCUCACGGUUUUCCUCAGGAACGAGAAACUUGUUUUCUCAGCUUGUCCAAAUCCUACAAGUUCAAAGAGAGGGGUUUAAAGCUGGAGCAUCUCUUUGAUAGUGCAUAGCACUUGGUAAAACCCCAAUGUUUACCUGGGUAAAUCCCAUUGUAUUUAAGCCAUGUAGUUCUAGAAAAUAAGCUUGCUUGGAGUAGUCAGUUGUCCAUUUAAAAUUUAAAAGGUGAUGUAAAUUCUAAUUUGUGAUCCGUAAAAACUAUUACAGAGAGACAAUGGCAGCAUUUCUUUUAUAAAACACUUCAAGUAAUUUCAGUUAAAUAAUUACGUAAGAAGGGGUGUUCUUUACAGAAGUAGCUUGAUGAAUAUAAGCGCAGGAGUAGGAGCCAGGCUCCUCUAAUUUUGUAUCAGUUUUUCCACGGGGUCCUCUGCGGCCGUUGGCACGUCGCUAAAUCUGUGUCUUUGUAAAAAUAGCGAUGGUACCUACCUACCUCACAGGGGUGUUGUGAGGGUUAGCUUAUGCCUAUAAAAUGCAUUGAGGAUUGGAAAUGCUAUGUAAAUAUUAAAUAUUUUAAUUUUAGUUUUGUGAGGUGUAAGAUUUACUGUAAUGAAGACAGAAGGUUUUCAUAAUUAUAAGGCUGUAGAGGCAGCGGCAGAAUGGUAUUCCACAAGAAUGGUCUACUGCAGUACAGUGCUGCUGGCUGCGCGUCGCGGCUGCUUCAGUUACAGUGGUGGUUUCUUCUUCACUAAGACGUGAUUCCCCACCGCGGUGCCUCAGUUCUGCUCUAAAUAGGAAAAACAGAAGAGGGGCAGUUGUUAGGCAUCCAGGCCUUGGUGCUGCUGCUUCUGUCAAGUGCUUCUCGUGGUGGUAGGUUUAUUGCUUUUUUUCUUUCUAUGCUUUUCUGCAGUGAACGAACACCAAUCGCUUCUCCCAUGUCUCUGUCCCUCAAGUUCUCCUCAAUGUAACUACAGCCUGGUGGCAAUGAUUAAAACACAAAGCGCCCUGAAACCUCUCCGUUGCUUCCAGUAUGAGAUCGUGCCCUCUGCAGUACGUGAGAUGAACGCUCCCUAGCGCUGAUCAUGAAGCAAGUGGUGUGAUUUGCUGUAGAGCCUUAAGCUAUCACCUGUCUUAAAAAAUUAAGAAAAAAAAAAAGCAAGCUGAGAUUUACUGGGGUCAAGCAAUUGAGAAAUAAGAUGUCCCUGGCCUGCCCUCCUCCUCAGUGAGUUAAAGCAAGUGCUGUUUUUUCGUCCCAUUCCCGUUCCUGCUUUUCAUGUUCUUUGAGGCCAUUAUAAAAGAUUGGGAAGGCUUUUCCAGCCUCAGUGGAAGAUCAUACUCAUGCGAUUUUCCAUCUAUUACUGCUUGAUACUUGAAACUGAUUUAAAAAAGCAAACAUACAGACAAGCUUUCUAAUAGUACUGCUCAGCACGUUUCAAUCUCUCAUUGAACAAUUCUAUAUUUCAUAAUGAAGAAAAAAUCCCCGUUUAUUUGUUCUCUUUGUGCAAAAUGAGGAACUUCCAUGCAGUAACCAUGCAGCUUUAAGGCAAUAAAUGCUAGGACUGCUGGCAAUCAAAUGUGUAAAUAUUUAAACGUACAAUUCAGUACUAUGUUGAGCUUAUGUAUUAUAAAAAGCAGGGAUUGAAGUGCUAGUUGAUUUCAUGUCUUGUUUUACCUGUACAGUGGGUGAUACAAAGUUGCAUAGAACUAUUUCACAAUUUAUUGCAAUAAAACUUGGGAAGCAGCUAUGUAAUCGAGCCUUAUCACCGCUGGAUUUUCAAUUUUGAAAUGAAAACCUUCUGUAUUUUUAAGAUCCAUGAACAGGAAGAGGAUCAAAGUGUUUUCCACUAAAGGCUUUUAUUUUGUUUUGGCCAUGUGUGAUUUGUGUGUAUUCUUGUUUGUCACGUUCUGAAGUCCCACCUGUGUUGAACCCCUGAAGUAGCGUUUGUUAUCCUUCCUUAUGGUGGGAACAAGGAGAGGAACGUUAUGGAACUGAGAGCUAACCAUGAGUGCACUGGGCUGUGUGAACGAGCAGCCCUUUGGUUCAAGUUGCUGGGCUAACUUUAGAUUCAUGUCAGCACUUAACGGCACAAGGUUGUCCAUCAAAAAAAGAACCAUGGUUGGUGUGGGUGUGUGAGGGGCGUAUUGCAUGGCAGCGCCAGUGAGCUCCCAGAAGUGGCUGGGAACAUAAAAACAAAUUUGUGUCCUUCCCCCCACCCCCACGUUCUCAAAAAAAAAAAAAAAAAAAAAAAAAAAAAAAAAAAAAAAAAAAAGUAAUGGUGACUUUUCAGGCCCCUGUUAUUGGUGGUGUCUGUAUUCCCAGAAGGAAUGCUGAUUUCUAGGUCUCAAAUUUUGUGUGUAGAUUUAAUCUAAACAGUUCCAAGAAUGCAUGGCAUGGAAAUGUUCUCCAAACUAGUGUCUGUUCCCAUGUAAAUUGCAUCCAAUGUAUGUUACUUUGUGUAUUUUGGAAUAGCUUGCUUGCAGGCAGCAGCUCCUAAUGUUCUGUAAUGCAGUUAUGUUUGGAAAAUCUACAGCUAUGUUGGUCUGUUCCCCUCUUCCUUUCAUGCAUUCACAUCAUCUUUUAUUUCAAAAGAAGAAAAAUUCACAAAUCCUGAAAGUAAAACUACGCUGCAGCUGUGGUGCUGGCAGCUCACUGUACGCCUUGGCCGUGUGUAUCACUGAAAUGUUACUGGUUUCAAAAGUACAGUUAUUGCAACCGUACACUGGUGUGGCCUGGUUUGGUUCAGUGACUGUUUUGGUGAAGGACAGAAACACGCAAGGUAAUUUCGGGCGAGUCCCUGAAAAAAGCUGGCAAGAUUGAGAGCAGCAGCGCAUCCAGGAGCCUUGCGUGUAGAAGACUGGACUAUUUUACUUUAAAUACGAGGUCUGGAAUAAACUUGAAUGAUUUGGGUACAAAACCUUUACUCAUACUUGUUUGUGGAAAUGUAUGCAACACCCAUUAGUGUUUCCUUUAAGAAAUUUCAUUUGCUUCAGUUGUGUGUGUGGUGAAGGUAGCGACUGGUUUGCUUUGGUUUUCCCUUCCGAUGGCCAUUGACUCUAAGAAGCCUCAGUGCUGGAGCAGUUUGGCAGCUGAGCAAAGGAGGAGGUCUGGAAGUGGGCACGAGGAGUAGGGAGUAAAAAGUUUGCAACCUUCUAUGGGGAUAAGAAAGAAAAGUCAAGCUACUCUGUAAAAAGAAAAGCAAGUUCAUAAUGCAGGUGUCAACCUCUCAUUACCUGGUGUCAUCCUGCAAGGAUUAGUAAAUGCUGCCCUUCCAUCAGCGUGGGGUCGUUUUGGAAUUGUGUGAUACAACACAAUCAGCAUGAGGUUUGCUAAUUAUAUAACGAAAUCUUUUUUGAGAAACAUUUCAGGCAAAUCAUCUCCAACAAACACUGAAGUACCCACUGACUGCUGUGUAACUACUGUUCUUUCUGCUCCUAUCUCCGAAUCUCAUGGCACAACUGUUCUCACACCCAUCAGCUGUUAUCAGGUUGAUUUUGCCAAUACCGUGUUGUCUUUGCAAGUCCGAAGAAGGCAGCAGCUUUGCGUGAUGUGCUCCCUUUCCCUCCCCCUCGCUGCCUGGCCCGCUGCUCGCUGCUGUGAAGGAGUGCGAUUGGUUUGCUGUAACUUAUUGCUGUAGAUGUCACAGUUUGGGUUCGUGGCGUAUUCAGGUCACUUCCAAUCUGUCACCGUGCUGUUUACCGAAUGAAAGGCGUCCCUCUAGACUCUCACCAGUGCUGACUUGAAAGGUUCCUCCAUAACUUGGUGAUAAGUAGUCAAGACAUUGGCUUUAGUGCUAGUACCACACCAAUUCUUCUAGUGCUGCUUUGCUCCCGCCAGCGCUUGCCGUAACUCAGAGAACCAAAGCCUACCGCCACACUCUGGAGUCUUUAGGAAGAUCACUGAUGUCCUCUCCUGUCUCUCACCAGAUCAGCACUCCUCUGGAGAAGGCUUGCGUUCUGCCGCUGUAAGGAGAGACUGUUCCCAAGUACUUUCUGCCUGCUUGUAGGCUCUUAUGCACUUUCAUGGUUUAACAAACUACUGUUAAAAAUGUACUGUAACAUGGAUUUUGAUAAGCGCACAUGUAUGUAAACAUUUCACUCAGCCUCAGGAAAGCUGGAAAAAUUAGAUACCUGUUUUGUAUCUCGGUUGUUUGUUACCUACAUCCUUGAAGAUGGACAGAUAAUGUCUGGAUGCUAUGAGUGUAAUUGUUGUGUGAGAUACCAGUGUGGUCUGUAGGAGGACAGUGUAAUCUAGGGACUGAGAGAAUGGUGUCCUCUUAUUUUUCUGAAACAUAGAUAUUGAUAAUCUGGACUGGAGCUUCAAAAGCAAAAGCAGUGAUAAACCCUUUACUGUUCAGGAAAAAUAUGUUUUCUUUCGUAAGCUUAUUUCUGUUUUCUUCCUUCUCCUUAAGAAGCGUAUGUGAAAUGAGUGUGGAGGUAUGUGUAGGACAAACUGUAAAACCGCUGCUGUACAUAGUGUUUGCUACUUGACUGCAUUUUCUGUUCCACUUUAAUUUUACUGGUUUUGCUAAAUAUAUUUUAUAUAUUUUC